GGAAACCACAUGGUUGUGUAUGAGAGUUGUGGGUGGGACUGAAAAGACAUCAGAGUUUUUACUGACACGAGAUGAACCGCAUUUCUUAUGUCAUUCAAAAAGUUGGAUGGGGACAUUGCUCCUUUGUGUGCACUGAUCUGAAUAAAAGUACACUUGAUCAGGUCAUGCACUUACCGCUUAGUGGAGUAGGUUAUGACAAUUUUUUAUGGAUGACAAAAAUAAUAUUACCUGCCGUGACAGUGUCACUGUCUCUUCCGGAAAUCUCUAUAUGUCCGCGGCAAUGUUCUCGGCGGGAGUUCUGGGCAAUUUAAUCGCGUUGGUCCUUUUGGAGAUGCGGCGCCGGCGGCAAAGUCCAUCCCUGUUCCAGGUGCUGGUGACCGCGAUGGUGUUUACGGACCUACUGGGUACUUUCUCCGUCAGUCCUCUCGUACUAGCCUCUUAUACACAAAACAGGACCUUGGUGGGUAUGAGUAAAAACGGAGCAGUAUGCGCCUAUUUUGGGUUCAGCAUGACUUUUCUAAGCCUCGCCACUUUGGCCAUUCUGUGCGCCAUGGCUUUGGAGCGCUACCUCUCCUUUGGACAUCCGUACUUUUACGAGCGCCACUUGAGAAAGCGCUGCGGAUACAUCACCAUUACACUCAUCUACCUGAUCUGCAUCUUUUUCUGCCUAGCACCUUUCGUGGGUUUUGGAGAUUACGUUCAAUAUUGUCCGGGGACUUGGUGCUUCUUUGACAUGAUCCAAACCGAGACCAAACAAAAAGUAUACGUCGGUGUGUAUGCGUCAUUGACUCUCAUCAUGAUUUCGACCACGGUGGUUUGUAACUUAUCUGUCGUCUCCCACUUAAUUAUGAUGUAUAGGAGGUGUAAAGCGCGCCGCGGUGGUUUUACGCGACGGAUACGGUUCUACCAAAGAUCCCUCUCCAUGACGGAGGAAGUGGAGCAUCUUCUGCUUUUGGUGUUCAUAACGGUGGCUUUUGUUAUCUGUUCGUUUCCUUUAGUGGUAAGAGCAUUCGUUUUGAUGUGGCUGUUCUAAGUGUUGAAAAUAUUGAUCCACAGUCUAAUGUGCAGUGUGUGUGUGUGUGUCCUCCCUCCCUUCACUCAACCCAAACAUCUCUUCAUCUCUUCUUCAGAUAUGCUACAGUUCAAAAUGGCCUGUAAUAGAUCAUAAUGACACUGUCUUACUUGAUAUCCAUAUUUUGUUGAUGUUGAAAUUCUGAAUAACUGACUGUGAUGCUUUCUCUCUUUGUGUCCCCCCUAUAGCUCCAUGUGUUGGUCAACCUCACGGGCGUGUCAAAGCCGAGGUAUGGCAAUGAUCUUGCUGCUCUCCGCCUGCUGUCCUUCAACUCCAUCAUCGACCCCUGGCUCUUCAUCAUCCUCAGCCCCUCGGUGCUGCGCUUCCUCUGGAGGAAGCUGACACUGUGUAAGCCCCCUGAGGCCCCCACAUUCCACCAGGAAAAGCCUCUCCCCGUUGGGCUAAAACUCUCUCCUCCAAGCCCACCCAUGGAGCUCCAAAACAACGAAGUACAGAGACAUUGUGUCAUGCAUAUGGACCAGGGGGCCAAUGGCCCACUCUAGAAACAAUAUGGUAAUGGGACCAUCAGGAGCCUAAGUGGACACAGGAAGUGAUUUGUCAGACUAGACAUCCACUGGUUGAAGGGACCCGCUUACACAGUGUGUACUUGCAAAUAAACAUUUAGUGAAGUGCAGCAUUUUCACUUACUGACCUCCCAUGACAGGAGGUUGGAAUAGAUUGAGGAAGAGAUCAGAGGUGUGGACGGAUGCGGUGCUGACAUGUGAUACCCACACAAUAUGGAUUUGGAACAGGACUUAGCAUUUUGAGAAUUCAUUAUGUGUCUAUUUAUUUUAUUGCUUCAUUAUAUUUAUAUACAAGCUUUAUGAUCAGCACUUCAUAGGACUGAAAUUCUAAUUUGCCCAAACUCCUUCUGGACAAAUGGGUCCAGUAUUUACUGUAUUUAUGAAGGUCAAUAAACAUGAUCUAAUCUUAAGCCGUCUUGUGAUUGGAGAACCAAAU